AUGUCUCCUUCAGCGGUUGGUGCCGAUGACAGCAAAUCCUUGGUGAGAAAGAUGUUGAGGGAAGUGCUGGUGGGUCGAGAGGAUCCAGAGGGUUUCUUUGCGAUGUGUGUCUCUCUCCUGGGACACCAGGAGACCCGGUCACGGUUCCUGUCCCUCAUCCAGCCUCUGUCCACGGCCAACAGCUCCCUGUACUCCACCCUCACCUCCAUCUACAAGAAAUAUUUCUCUGAGACUGAAGAUGAUCAACUGGAACUUGCACUGGCUCUCUCUGUACUGGAAAUGAAAGAUCACCAGCUGUCAAGCGCCAGCCAAGAGUCCCGACUUCAGCAGCUUCAGAGCAGCUCAGCUCAACUGACCUCAGUAUCUAAGCCUCAGGGAAGCAGCCACACCCAGCUAACAGAUGUAGCUGCUGAGAACACCUACUCAGCACAAACUGGACCCUUGGGCAUGGUGUGCCCACCAAAGACAACCCAAGAGACUGAGCUACAGAGAAGCACACAUGUUGACAAAAAUAACAAAGAGACAAAAGGGACAUGUCAAACUGUGUGUGUCUCUAGACCAUCUGCCUCUUUUUCCCGACAAGAGAUGGUUGUAGAAGGUGACCAAACAGUACAGGAGGGAGAUCAAUCAGAGAAACCAAAACGCUCUAAGAACAGGCGCCAGCGGCGUAAAGGGGGCAGCCAGCAGGUUGUGGGUUUGCCCCACUCUCCGUCAGCACAGCCACCAGUACUGUUGUGGUUUCGGAGGGACUUGCGACUGUGUGACAAUCCUGCUCUCAUUGGCUCACUGGAGGUUGGGGCACCCGUUAUCCCUGUCUUCAUCUGGAGCCCCGAAGAAGAGGAGGGACCUGGGAUUACUGUGGCUGUGGGGGGAGCCUGCAAAUACUGGCUUCAUCAAGCUUUGUCUUGUUUCUGUUCAUCUCUGGAGCGCAUUGGCAGCCAUCUUGUCUUCCUCACAGCAAACGGAGAGGGGAACGGAGUGGGAUCUUCUCUGCGAUCCCUUAAGGAACUGAUAAAAGAGACUGGGGCGAGAACAGUGCUGGCUAAUGCUCUGUAUGAGCCGUGGCUGAAGGAGAGGGAUGACACGGUGGUGUCAGCUCUGCAGAAAGAUGGUGUUGAAUGCAGGAUGUUGCACUCUUACUGUCUCAGAGACCCUUACUCUAUCAGCACUGAGGGUGUGGGACUCAGAGGAAUAGGUUCAGUGUCUCACUUCAUGAGCUGCUGUAAACAGAACCCAGGGUCUGCCUUAGGGGUUCCUCUGGACCCUCCAGUAUCUCUCCCCACACCUGCCCACUGGCCUCGGGGUGUCUCUUUGGACACACUAGGGCUGGCACGCAUGCCCCGCAGGAAGGAUGGUACAACGAUUGACUGGGCAGCUAACAUUCGUAAAUGCUGGGAUUUCAGUGAAGAAGGAGCACAUGCCCGGCUAGAGGCCUUUCUUCAUGAUGGUGUGUAUAGGUAUGAAAAAGAGUCAGGGCGGGCAGAUGCACCAAACACCAGCUCUCUGUCUCCUUACCUCCACUUUGGUCAGCUCAGCCCCCGCUGGCUAUUAUGGGAUGCCAAAGGGGCACGCUGCCGACCUCCGAAGUUCCAACGUAAACUGGCCUGGAGGGAUUUGGCCUAUUGGCAGCUAACACUGUUCCCCGACCUCCCCUGGGAAUCCCUCAGACCUCCAUACAAGGCUCUGCGGUGGAGCAGUGAUCGUGGCCAGCUGAAGGCCUGGCAGCGUGGUCGAACAGGAUACCCCCUGGUGGACGCAGCCAUGAGGCAGCUGUGGCUGACAGGCUGGAUGAACAACUACAUGAGACACGUGGUGGCGUCUUUCCUCAUAGCAUACCUCCAUCUGCCCUGGCAAGAAGGCUACCGCUGGUUCCAGGACACCCUAGUGGAUGCAGAUGUUGCCAUAGAUGCCAUGAUGUGGCAGAAUGGGGGCAUGUGUGGUCUGGACCACUGGAACUUUGUCAUGCACCCCGUCGAUGCAGCAAUGACCUGUGACCCCUACGGCAGCUAUGUCAGGAAAUGGUGUCCUGAGCUUGCAGAUCUGCCUGAUGAGCUUAUCCAUAAACCUUGGAAAUGUCCUGCAUCUAUGCUUCGACGCGCAGGUGUGGUGUUUGGCCAGACAUAUCCCAAUCGAAUAAUCACAGACCUAGAGGAGCGAAGGAGUCAGUCUCUGCAAGAUGUAGCUGUGGUGCGGAAGGAAUUUGGACAGUAUGUGGACAAACGCACAGGCUGUGACUUGGUGCCUCUGCCCCCACGCCUCGUCUCAGAGGCCCUGGGUCUGUCACACAGGGGCGGCGAUGUGGUGGCAGAAGGGAAGCAGUUCCUGUUGCCUGUCAUCACCCGCAUGGAAUUCAAACACCAGCUAGAAGAUCCGGAUGCAGAUGCCGCCUCAAAUCCCUACAAUGCUGUUCUAAAGGGGUACGUGAGCCGCAAAAGGGACGAGACCAUUGCCUUCCUCAAUGAGAGAGACUUUACUGCCAGCGUGAUGUAUGAGGGAACGCAGAGAAGGGAGAGGCUGGAGAGCGACCAGCGCAGAAUGGAGGGACUCCCUCGGCCUCCUGCACCUCGGGGCAGGGCCAGACGAACCCCAACAGCCAAGGACAGGUUCUCUAUAGUGCCUGGUGGGGUGGUCGCUUCACUCAGGUGAUCCAGGGUUUAAGCCUUUAUGUUUACAGGUUUUAAGAGACCACACAGUUGCUAGCCUUAAAAUGCAAAUGGAAAAUCUCAGGUAUUGAGCAAAGCUAUUAUACUAGCCUGUGAAAAACAAUGGCUCAAAUUAACCAAUAUAUUUAACUUUGGUGCAGCUUCCUUUCUUAAGGGUCUUUAUUUUUUAUCAUGAAAAUUUUCAUGCAGCUAUACAUACAUUGUAAAGUGUGAGAACUGAGGAGGGAAAAAGUUUCAAUGCUUCUCAGCAGCUCAUUUUCAAAAUGUAUACCUAUUUUACAGUCAGCAAGUUGUAAACAGCAUCAGUCAGUGUGUGUCUUAAAAGUCUUCAAUCAAGGUGGAGGUGGUGUCAGGUUCCAAUCUUGGGUUCUGAAUUUAGUUUUUGGAGCAACAUUUUUGUAUAGAUUUAUAUAAUGGGUUCUAACUUUAGGCUGGAAAUGUUGCCUAAUAUCACAUGUGGUUGUCUGAAGCUGCUUUCUUUGCUUUUAUUUUAAUGCAAAUCACCAAAUAUGCAAAUAACAUUUAUAUUAU